UAUAUAUAUAACGAUCAGAAGUGUCCGAUUUGGUUGAAGCAGGUGUCGGUUUUAGUGAAAACGAUCCCCGGCCGGAAAAAAUCAAGUAUAGUUGUGAAGGUUAGGUGUUAUACUCGAAUAUCGGUUUAAUGGCUCCUCUUCAUCCUCCAACAACACCUUCUUCGAAAUCGAAUCAUAGUACGCCUUUUUCGUCUUCAAAAUCGAACCAUAGUAAUCAUCAAAUAAUAAAAACACCUCAUUCGAAAAAUCGUCUCAAUUUCAAUUCAAUGAAACCCUCCCCAAACCCUACUAGUUCUACUCUCGAUCACCCGGUAGAAGUUGUCGCCCGAAUAAGGGACUAUCCCGAUCGUAUACAGCACCUUUCUGUUUUGCAGCCUCAUGAAUUAGGAAUUAGAGUUAGAACGGAUAUCGGGUAUAGGGAUUUCACCCUAGAUGGUGUUUCUUUCUCUGAAAGCCAAGAUCUUGAUGGGUUUUAUAAGAGUUACAUACAAUCAAGAAUUGAAGGGGUAAAAAAGGGGGAUACCUGUACCAUUAUGACGUACGGCCCAACAGGAUCCGGGAAAUCCCAUACGAUGUUUGGUAGUUUCAAGCAGCAGCAAGAAGGGAUUGUUUACCAUUCGUUGAAGGAAAUUUUGGAUGAUCAACCGCAAAAUGCGGGUUUUGUCCAAGUUACUGUUCUGGAAAUCUACAACGAGGAAAUCUAUGAUCUAUUGUCUACUAACACCAACACAAAUACGGCUGGUUGGUCCAGAUCCAACAAUUCUUCCAAGGUUAAAUUAGAAGUAAUGGGAAAGAAGGCAAAGAAUGCCACUUUCAUCUCUGGAACCGAAGCAGGGAAGAUAUCCAAAGAGAUUCAGAAGGUUGAGAAGCGCAGAAUUAUUAAAAGCACCUUUUGCAAUGAAAGAAGCUCCAGGAGUCACUGCAUGAUAAUUCUUGAUGUGCCAACUGUGGGUGGACGCCUAAUGCUUGUCGACAUGGCUGGAUCUGAAAAUAUAGAACAAGCUGGUCAAGUUGGAUUCGAAGCCAAAAUGCAGACCGCAAAGAUCAAUCAGGGUAAUGUAGCAUUGAAGAGAGUGGUAGAGUCUAUUGCGAAUGGUGAUUCACAUGUUCCAUUCAGAGAUAGCAAGUUAACCAUGCUUUUGCAGGACUCAUUUGAAGAUGACAAGUCGAAGAUUCUUAUGAUUUUAUGUGCGAGCCCAGAUCCCAAGGAAAUGCAUAAAACGAUUUCAACACUGGAAUAUGGUGCAAAAGCCAAAUGCAUUGUGCGUGGACCUCAUACACCAAUUAAGGCAGAAGAUUCCUCUUCAUCAGAUGUGGUGUUGGGAUCAAGGAUUGCAGCGAUGGAUCAAUUCAUUAGCAAACUGCAAAUGGAGAAUAAGAUACGAGAGAAGGAGAAGCUUGAAGCUAAUAAACAGCUUUUGAAAAAAGAAGAAGAAAUUGCUGGUCUGAGGGCGAAACUUGCUGAGGCUGAAGAGAAGAAGAGUGAGGAGGAGAUUAAUAUUAAGGUUAAUAACAUGUUGAGGGAGGAACUGGAAAAGAAGAUACACGAGUGUCAAAAAAUGGCUGACCAGGUUGUUGAGAUGGAAAGGAGGAAAAUGGAACAGAAGAUGUUACAACAGCAGAAAGAACUUGAAGUUCUCAGGCGUCGUUUGGAGGAGAUCGAGUCUGAAUUAACUUGCUCCAACGAAAACAGGUAUAAAAAUGUCCCAUCGUCAUCUACGGAGGGAAGCAAUUUUGCAAAAAAACUGAUGGAUAUGUAUGCUGAUGAGGAUCCGGGGAUGGAGAAAUCCAUGGAUUUGGAUAAAUCAUUGGAUAUGGAGAUGGGUAAACGUGACCAUAAAGCUAAUAACAGCUCUAGCAUUCAGGCAAUUCUUGGUUACCCCUUUAUGGAGAAUCUGAAGAAUGAAGAAUAUGAGGAUAAUGUUUAUGUCCCAAGUUUAACAAGUAAAACUUAUUUGAGUACCGUGUUCGAGGAAGAUGAGGAGGAAGAACAAGAACAAACAGAGGAAGUGCAGAAAGAAGUCAUUGAGGAAAAGAGGGUAUAUUUAGAUUCAGUCAAGAAUUCUCCCACCCCUGCUCUUAAAUUCGAUAUCGAUUCCUUGUUAGCACCCUCUGACUCUGAGUGUACUGGUCAAGAUUCAGCCUCGUCUAGGCAUUUACGCAUCCAAAAUAUAUUUACACUCUGUGGAAAUUACAGAGAGCUUUCUCGCACAGCCACUCCAUUACCUGCUACUAACAAGAGUACUGAGAGUCCACUAGACAAGGCUGAAGUCAAACAGAGCCUGGUGGACAAAAUGACGAGCCAUGCUGUCUCUGAUUCGAAGGAAAACUGCAGCCCCUUGAGUUGUUCAAAUGACAAGACCGAUGUGGUGGAAGUUGUUGUGAAAUGGGAAGCUGCUUCGACUGAAAAUGGUGGGAAAGUUAUUACAACUGUGAGACUUGUAAAAGAUGCAACCCUAGCAGACUUAAGGAAGCUCAUUGAAAUCUAUCUUGCUGCUGAUAAUCAAGCUUUCACAUUUCUUGCACUUGGGGAGGACCCAACAUGUGCACCAGUGGCAAAAGAAGAGGAGGCAUGCAUGCUGGCAAGCAAACUCCCGACAUGCAGCACUGCCCAAAUGAAGAGGCAGUAUCUUGCUUGUCUACGUCCAGGAAAGAAACUUAGCUCAAAUCCUAUCCCAAUUACUUCUCUGGAACACAAGCUGCCAUUCAAUUCACCAGAAAAUAAGCUCCCGUUCACUUCUCUGGAAAACAAGCUCCCGUUUACUUCACUGGAAAACAAGCUCCCGUUCACUUCACUGGAAAACAAGCUCCCAUUCACUUCACUGGAAAACAAGGUUACAUCAGUUUCUUCCGAUUCCUUUUCACCUAACCUAGCUGCAUUACCGCAUUUUUAGGAAAAAGUUAACAUUCUUGUCUUUUGCCAAGUAUAUACAUUUAUGUACUCUCUCUUUUGGUGAAUCUUAUCUGAUGUUUAGCUGUAAGAUGCAUUGUUCAAAAAUCUGAUUCGGAUGAUGCUAAUAUGAAUUUGUUAUGGAUACUA